AUGAGACAAUCAUUACAAGCCUAUAGAUCAUUUUGGUUAAUGUUACCAGAACAAAUAUGUAAAUCUAAUGGACAUUCUAUUUCAACUAAGAAAACAUGUUGGACAGGAAGUUCAAUUUCGCUCGAUGACAAACAAUCGAUACGAACUAAUUAUGAUAAACCAUUAAGUUUACGUUUACAAAGAAUAUUAAAAGAAAUGAAAGAGAAAUCACAAAUGAUUGGAAAUAAAGAACGAAUAACAACAGGAAUAAAUAUCUCAACAACAACAACAACAACAAUAACAACAACGACAACAAAGAAUUCUUUAUUCAUCAAUGGAUUAAAAUUAAAUUUAACUGAUGAUUUAGAUGAUUAUCCAGAUGACAAUGAAUUUGAUUAUACUGAUUAUGCAUAUGAAGAUACAAUAGAUGAAUUACCUUUAUCUAUAAAAACAACAAGUUCAACAACUUUGCAAUCAUCAAGUAUUUCUGUUUAUGAUGACCUAUUAAAUGAUGAUAUAAAUACUGUUGCAUAUUAUGAUUAUGGUGAACAAGAUGCAUAUAAUGAUGAUGAAAUCGAUGAUACAUACACUCAAAAAUCAUCUUCAAUGUCUACAAUAUUAACAACAACUACUAUAGUUCAUAUUCCACCAUAUCAUCAACGACGACCUAUUAUUUGGAAUAUUAAUAUUGAUGAUGACUCUGAUCAACAAUCACAACAACAAUAUAACAGUAGUAUUUCUCAUAAUUAUUCAUUUCUUUUAUUAUUAUUAUUAUUAUUAUUAUUAUUAUUAUUAAUCUUUAUUCUCAAAUAA